AUGCCCGUUUUCAUAGUGUACGUAUCUCUGAGAACGAGGAAGCCACCUAGGAGGAGAAGGAGGAGGAAGACGGACGCGCCAGGGGCGGACCGGGGGAGGUCAAAACCGGUAGCUCAACUACCGGCUGCGACUUCUUCCGUUGUACGCCCCAAGCCCCAGUCUACACCAGCGAGACCAGCUGUUCCAGCCCUGCUGGAUCCAGAUGUUGACUUGCCAGUGGCGAAGCCGGACACGGACCUUAACCGGGCCCUGAUGGAAUCGCCCCCCACAUCUCCGACGCCUUCAGCCUCCGGGUUUCCAGCGAUGCCACCCCCACCCAGGAAGAGUGGCGCUGUAGAAACCCAGGCCCGUCCUGUGGCCGUUGGAAAACGAAAGGCGGUUGUGUCCCCAGGCGACCAACCAGACAAGCCAAGUCCGCCGACUCAACCGCCUACACCAACUUCACCGCCGAUAGAUGAUCCGACCAUCGGCCAGCCUUGGACAUUACAGUCUGGCAAGCUACCACCGCGCUACUCAAGGCUGGUCAGGACCAACAUCGGGGAUGUCCGUCGGCUCCUUUGUGAACCUGGUCCGGAGACCUACGAACCUCUGCCGCUAACGGAAGGAGAGUUUUCGGUGCGGAGGAUUACUAUGAAAGAUGGGAGAGGGAUCUGCCUUACUGUCCGCCGGGGGGGACUUUUCCACCAAGGGAUGCUUCUCGAUGAAAUGGACAACCCGACCAUCCACCGCGUCAUCAAGACCGUUGCCGGGGAAGAUUACCGUCCAAUCACCGAGAACAUCGCCAAGUCCACAUACCGGCAAGCCCUCCACCAUCUGGAUUCGUCCCUCUUCAUCAGCUCUCCUUGA